AUGGACGCGCCGGCGCUGCUUGCCGCUGCGGCCCCGGCCCCACGCGGACCCCAGCUCGGCGGCGGCCCCGGCCGGACCCGCAGAACCCCGGGCUCAGCGCACCGCCGGCUGCUGCUGCUGCGGGACCCAGAGGACGGCGCGCAGGGGCCGCGGCGCGGGGAGGCCCGGCCGGCGGGCCCCGGCGGCGGCGACUCCUUCGUGGUGCUCCUGGAAGUGGCGCGCGGCGCGGCCGAAGCCCCGGGGCGGCGGGAGACCGAGCCCCAGCCCGGCGCCGCCGCGAGCCCGGCCGACCGCCCUGCGCAGGUCCCCGGCGCCGCGCCUCUCGUGGGCCCCCGGGCCGCCGGCGGCCAGGACCUGCUGGUGCACCUGGAGCGUGGCGUCCUCGCGCUGGCCGCGCCGUCCCGGCGUCCGCCGCCCGGCCAGGAGGCCGCCAGCCCGGCAGGGGCCCGCCGCGCGUCCGCCGGCCCCGGCUACCGCUGCCCCGAGCCGCAGUGCGCGCUCGCCUUCGCCAAGAAGCACCAGCUCCAGGUGCACCUGCUGACGCACGGCGGCGGCCAGGGCCGGCGGCCCUUCAAGUGCCCGCUGGACGGCUGCGGCUGGGCCUUCACCACGUCGUACAAGCUCAAGCGGCACUUGCAGUCGCACGACAAGCUGCGGCCUUUCGGCUGCCCGGUGGGCGGCUGCGGCAAGAAGUUCACCACCGUGUACAACCUCAGGGCGCACAUGAAGGGCCACGAGCAGGAGAGCCUGUUUAAGUGCGAGGUCUGCGCCGAGCGCUUCCCCACGCACGCCAAGCUCAGCUCGCACCAGCGCAGCCACUUCGAGCCCGAGCGGCCCUACAAGUGCGACUUUCCCGGCUGUGAGAAGACGUUCAUCACGGUGAGCGCUCUGUUCUCCCAUAACCGGGCCCACUUCAGGGAACAGGAACUCUUUUCUUGCUCCUUCCCUGGAUGCAGCAAACAGUAUGACAAAGCCUGUCGUCUGAAGAUCCACCUGAGAAGCCACACAGGCGAAAGACCUUUCAUCUGUGACUCUGACAGCUGUGGCUGGACCUUCACCAGCAUGUCUAAGCUCCUGAGGCACAAAAGGAAGCACGAUGAGGACCGCCGCUUCCCCUGCCCCGUCGAGGGCUGCGGGAAGUCGUUCACCAGGGCCGAGCACCUCAAGGGCCACAGCGUCACCCACCUGGGCACCAAGCCCUUCGCGUGUCCCGUGGAAGGGUGCUGUGCCAGGUUCUCCGCGCGGAGCAGCCUCUACAUUCACUCCAAGAAGCACCUGCAGGACGUGGCCGCUACGAAGAGCAGGUGCCCGGUGUCCAGCUGCCACAGGCUCUUUGCUUCCAAGCACAGCGUGAAGGCCCACGUGAUCAGGCAGCACCCCCGGCACCCAGACCUCUUCCCUCCGCUGGGAGCUCCAAGCGCGCUCGCGCCCAGCAGUGACCUCAGCAGCCCCGGCCAGAGUGAGUUCAGCAGCGUGGACCUGGCAGUCCUCUUCUCCGACACGCCUGGCGACAGCGGUGGUGCCCCCAGGACCUCCGACGAGGCGCUCCGCACUGGGAUCCUGACUGUCGACGUGACUUCUGUGAGCGCCUCUCUCGGGGGGGGCCUCCCUGCCAGUCAGGCUGCCUCAGGGCCCAUGGGCCCCCUGGUCUUGGUGGCCCACAGUGACGUCCCACUGGGCCCGGACAGGCCCCUCGUCCUCGGGACGGCAGCCACGGUUCUCCAGCAGGGCAGCCUCGCUGCAGGUGACGUGCAGGCCGUGGACCCAGGGGCGCUGGGCUGUCUGGUGGCUCUGCCCAUGAAGAGCUUGAGUCGGGACCCCCAGGCUUUGACCUCUGCGAGCGGCCCCCAGGGAGACAGCAGUGCCCCGGAGCUGCUGGUUCCCAUCAAAGUGGAACCAGACUCGGCCCCCGACCCCGACGCCGUCAGACAGCAGGCGUGGAGCGGAGGGGCGCCGCAGCCUGUGGAGUCCAGCCCUGCAGAGGAGCUCGGACCUCGGAAAGACGCGGGACUUGGUGCGGGGACCGGCGGCUUCUACUUGCUGUGUGACGUGGGCCAGCCUGGCGUCUGUGAGCCCAGAAGGCGCGUGGCGAAGGGGCCGCAGGAAGGCGGGGGCUCAGCAAGAACUGAUUCCCGAGCCAUUCAACUAGCCAAGGAAAAAAAGCAGAGAGGAGCUGGGAGCCACACAGGAGCCGCGGGGCCCGCACUGAGCACAGGAGAAGGUGACGUACCUGCCGGCCCGGGAGCCUGGCUGUGGGGCAGCCUCGCAGUGCCCGGUGUGGCUCUGCCGUGCGUCCAGGUCCAGCUGCUGCAGGAUGACCCCUCAGGGCACGUGGUCUUCCCGUUGGCGCCCGGCCCGCAGCCUCCUGUCUCCCACCCCCUGCUUGCUGUCAUGCCCGUCUGCGUCCUCCAGGAGGUGCUCCCUGCAGCUGGAGGGGCCACUGGGCCCGAGGACAUGUGGAGCUCGGGCAGCACGGUCGGCCUGUGGGCCCUGCAGUGAAACCAGCUCUGCCUGGGCCGAGGGCGCCACUUGGAAGGCUGGCCUCGUUCUUCAGAGACUUUGGGUACAUUUUCGCAAGUGUUUUUCUUACGUUUAUCAGGGAGCUGUUUGGGGCCGUACCAUCCUCUCAGGGCAGAGCGUGCCUUUUCCCCGCUCGGCUGUGCACGCAGCCUGCAUCUGCCUGGGCUUGCUGCGUGCCUAGGGAAGAGGACGGAGCCUCCGCGGUGGCCUCUGACGGGCUUCAGCACUGGGCGCAGCGUCUGGCUGAGAGCGAACAGGCUGUCCCCGCCCUCGGUGGGGGUCGCGGUUGAGCUGGGGUGGCACCGGGUCUAGUGGCCCAGGUGGCCUGGUGUCAGGGGAACGUGACGGGUGACGAGGCCCCCGGGCCCUGUCGCAGCCCCUGCACAGACCAAAUAUGGAGUUAAACCUUUAAAGUGAUGAAUUUGAGUUCUGUAUUUGGGUAGUAACAUCUAAUGGCAAUUGGACAGCGGUUUGUACAGCCACGUUUUAAGCACGGAGGUGUGUGCAUUGUUGAGGGUGACUGUGUGUUUUCACGGAGCGAGGUCUGUCCUGCAGAAGGAGACAAGUCAGUGGGCCGGACACGGGCUCUCAGAAACGGUGUUUUGCCUUGUGCCUUUCGAAGUGUUUUUGUUCAGAUGCUGUUUUGAUUCUCAGGCUUGGGAAUCAUCCCAACUCUGCCCAUUCUGUUUGUUUGUUUGUCUCUCUUAAGUUUUUGGGCUUCUGGUUCUGAUUUCUACCGUGACUCCGCUGUGUCUUGCAUGGGGGAGGGGGUGUUUCCAUCUCUAGAUGGUGCUCCCCGAAGCCCCGGGUUGUCCAGUGGCCCCUCCACGAGGAGCCAGGCCCGGCGGCCUCCUGUCCUGCAGGAGGGGAGUCUGGGCCGUGCGGCUGGACCUCUGUCCCGCACACCCCCAGUGGGUGUCCCCCUGAGGUGCUCAGGACUUCCGUUUCCUGGGCACUGAGGUCCCUGCUGGCAUUGGGCCCAACUCCUCAUGUGAGUGAAUGAAUUAAAAGUUUUUGUACAGCU